AUGUCCAAUAGCCUCGAGGCUAAAAUUUGCGUCCUAGGUGCGCAAGGUGUCGGUAAGUCAAGCUUAUUAGACCGAUAUAUCAAAGGAUCCUUUAGCCCAUCCAGCGUCACAUCAACUAUCGGGGCGUCUUUCCUCACUAAGAGGGUGGUUGAUGUUGACACCGGAACUACGGUACGCCUCCAGCUAUGGGACACAGCAGGUCAAGAGAGAUUCAGAUCCAUCACAAAACUGUACUACAGAGGAGCAAGUGCAGUACUCCUUGUCUACAGUAUCAUAGAUGAAAGCAGCUUCGAAGAGAUGGGACGCUGGUUGACGGAGAUGAGGGAGAAUCUUGGGAAUGAUAUCGUCAUACACGUCGUAGGAACGAAAAGCGAUGUGGUCGCGCAAGAGCCCAGUCUAAGACAGAUUCCAUUCGAAAGAUGUAUAGCAUAUGUUGCAGAGAACCUCUAUCCGCAAAAGGUCUCAACCCCUACCUUCCCUGGAAGCGCUCGCAGCAGCGGUUUCUGGGGCCAAGAAAUUGGCUGGGACUGUUGCCAUGAGAUCAGUGCAUCAAAUGGUGAAGGUAUUGAAGAGGUGUUCCGUGUUAUCACGAGAAAGCUUGUGGAACAGAAGAACAAGAAGGAGCAGGAACAGUUGCGAGACGAACGCAACAACACGCCGGGUCAGAAAAGGGGUCAAGGUGGCUAUUUUGAAGGCCUUUCGGAUGUCCAAGGUAGCUUCAAACUGAGCAACAAGCGCCAAAGUUGGCUGGGCAUCGCAACUGGCGAAGAGGCAAAUGACGGCGCUCAAAGUCUUGCCAUAAACAGGAAAGGAAAGUGCUGUUGA